AUGCUCUUCAUGGUUUCUGAUGGCUGGUUCCAGACGCUGAACCUCUUACAGUCGAUGACUUGUGUGCGACAGUAUGAUCAGUUUUGCCGCGUGCAGAACCAUCAGACAGUGAAGGACAUUCUGAUGAAAGAUCGAACCUAUUUGGGAUACCAGGCGAGCAUUCAAGACUACAUCACAAGUGCCAUUGAGGACACGCAGGCAUCUGCCAACCUCAUGUACGAGCCUUUCCGGCCCAUCUACGAGUUUGGCAAGACUUGGGAUGAAGAAGCUUUCAACGACAAGGAGCAUGACUAUGAUGCGUUAUAUGAUCAGAUGUCCAAGAUGAGGGAGUUUCAACAUGAUCUCGACCGGUUCAAGCUUAGCCCGAUUUGUGGCAUCAUUCUUGUCAACGGCAAGAUCCUGAAAGACAGAUUGACACCCAUCCCAGAGGCUACAUUGAACUGCGUGAAAAACUGCCUCAUCGGCCUAGCCCGGGACAAGUGCAAGGAGUGCUACAGUCGCUACGACUCAGUCAACAAGCUCCUGGAAGAAAGGUCGAAGGAUCUGGGCAAGUUCGCAAAUUAUGUGAAGAUGUACCACAACGUCCAAGAUGAGAGGCCGGAGAUGGAAGACCUCAUGUUCGAGGUUGAGCAGAUGUAUUCCCUGCUAAGGGAGUACAAGGUAAGGAUGCCCGGCGACGACGAAGUUGUCUAUGAGGGUCUGAAGGCGAAGGAGAGCGAUUUCACCAACAAGAAGAUGAUUGAAGCCAGCCAGUUCAUUGCCGAGAUGAAAGAGGAGAUGGCGCUGGAGACUUACCAGAGGGCUCUGAAAGUGGAAGAGGAAAUGAAAGGUGUGUCGGAGGAGCUCUUCACUGGGAGUUUUAUUGAUGCAGAGAAGAUCGUCGUCGCUCAUGAGGUACUGGAAGAAUUGGACAAGAUCUUGGAAACCAAGGUCAAGGUGCUGGAAGAGCGAGCACAUACGUUCACUGACUACGAGGGCUUGCUCGGUGCAGCCCCUCAAGUUCAAACUGAGGAGGAAAGCAAUGGACACUUCCAGUUCGUCGAGGUGGCAAAGACGCGGAAAGUUUUCGAUGACAAGCUCAAGCUUUGGGAGGUUACCGCCCAGUGGCAAGAGAUGUCCCACAACUGGAACGUGUCUGAGUUUGUCAAGGUGGAUGUCGAAGCUAUGAACAAGCAAGUAAUGGCAUCUUACAAGACGGCAAAUGGCUUGACGAAGUCCUUGGAGGGCGAUGAGGUGGCUGUCCGAGUCAAAGGGAUGAUCGAGGAAUGGCGUGAGCGCAUGCCCUGCAUCCUGGAUCUUGGAAACCCGGCUCUCCGUCCUCGGCAUUGGGAGAAGAUCUUCAAGAAGAUCAAUCUGGCGUACAAGGGUCCAACAUCGGCGAGCAGCAUCAGUUUGACACAGCUUGAGGGCAACGGGGUCUUCGACCACCGCGAGUAUGUGUCCGAAGUUUCUGCAAAUGCCAGCGGCGAGUUUGCUCUGGAACAGUCUUUGGAGCAGGUGAUAGCUGCCUGGGCAGAUCUGGAAUUGCCGAUCAUGAACCACAGGAACCAGAAGGACUUGUGGAUUCUGGGUGACCUCCAAGAUGUCAUCACUCUCUGCGAGGAUCACAGCGUGACCAUCGCAACGAUGAUGGGGAGCCGCUUCAUUCAUGGCAUACGCGAGAAGGUGGAGAUCUGGGAGAAGAGAAUAAACCAGGCGGCGGAUGUCAUCGAUGAGUGGUACACGGUCCAGAGAGCGUGGAUGUAUCUGGAGAACAUCUUCUCGGCAGAGGACAUCCAGAGGCAGCUGCCACAGGAAGCAGCAAAGUUCAAGCAGGUUGACAAGUUCUGGAAGGACUUGUUCCGCAAGGUGCGCCAGAAGGACAAGCUCUGCAUGGAUGCGUUCCACAUUCCCGGGAUUCUUGAGCGCCUCAAGUGGGCCAACGACACCUUGGACCAUGUCCAAAAGCAACUGGAGGCGUAUUUGGAGACAAAGCGUGCGGCCUUCCCCAGGUUCUACUUUCUUUCCAAUGAUGAGUUGCUCAGCAUCCUUUCGCAGACGCGGAAUCCACAUGCUGUCCAAGAGCACAUGUGCAAGUGCUUUGACUCCAUCAAUCGCGUGGUGUUCUCGGAGACGGCUCCUGGUGAAAUUCUCGGUAUGAGCGACAUGAUCAAGGAAUAUGUCCCAUUCGUGCAGCCAGUUGUGACCGGUCCUAUCGUUGAGAAGUGGCUCAGUGACAUCGAGGCCAUCACAGUGGCCGCGCAGCGCCUCGGGCAUCCCGAAGAUGUCACGCGGCUGGCGGCGCAGACGGCCCUGGAGCAGCUGGGCGGCGUCUCCGGGAACCGGAAGUCGGGGUCGGAGGCGAGUGGCAACCUCUACGAGGCUGCCCGAGCGGCCGCUGAGGCCCUUAGCAGCGAGGAGCCAGCGAUUCGCCAGGGAGCUCAACGGAUCCUGGUGAAUCUCGCCGGGGAAGGGCCCACGCAGAGAUACGCAGCUGCAGCUUUCGCUGUGAGUGGCCUGAAGAGUGAGGUGGCCCCUUUCGUUUGGGCGUGUGCCGUGGACUUCUUGCAAGCAUUUCUGGGUACCGUAGUAUAG